AUGAACAACAUGGCGCCAUCCAGUCCACGCAAGUCAAUUGACAGCCUGGCGUCUGGCGUAUCGACGCCGUCGCUCUCGCAUUAUUCUACUCCGCAGCUGGAGUCCCCUCGGGUUGCCCCUCAACGAUACCCCCUGAGGAGGGGGUCCACAGCGAGCUCGAUCGUGAGCAUUGGGGGCAUCCUAGACAUUUCCCAUCACCAUGGCUCCAUUGCUGAGUCCGGGCAAAAUGCCAUCUCUACCCUACUCCAACAUCCAAUAACUCGCACUGGCUUGACGCCUCAUACCGCCGUAUCUUCCACGGGAUAUAAGCCCCCUUCGUCCCGCGAUAUCCCUCCGGUGACCCUGACGAAUAUCCCGCAUGUGGACUCGAAAGCGUUUCAACCAUACCUCGCGCAAGUGGGCUCGCUGUACGAUGUUUUCCAGCAAUCAAAGGAGGGCUCUGGGGAAGACGCGCAGAUGCCGCCUGGUUUCAAGUCCCCCAAACCCGAUGAUAUGGAAUCAUUGAAGCCGUGGAGCUCAGAGCGAAGGUCCUCAAUAAUGUCUACUAGUUCACGGCCAACUUCCCCCUAUGAUACUCGCGGCCGACGUUCCUCCGGUGCGCGUGGCCGUGGCCCUGCUGUGACACCUUUGUCUACAAUCCCACCGGUAUAUUUCGAAGAAGACUUUCAUUUGGAGAACCCGCGUACGUUUGAUGUCAUUUCAGAAAAAUCAGAGGUGGUUAGACCCCCACGGCCACCGACUAAGGACGAUCAACCCGCCAAUGGGGGUGUCCCGGAGCCAGUCCAUACCGGCAGGAAGGCGCUUGCGACCAAUGCAAUUCUUCAAGAAAAACUAUCUUGGUACAUGGAUACGGUGGAAAUUCACCUAAUCUCCUCUAUAUCGACUGCCUCCAAGUCAUUCUUCACUGCUUUAGGUUCGCUCAGAGAACUCCAUGCGGAAGCAGCCGACUCUGUUAAGCGCAUCCAGAUUUUGCGCAAGGACUUGCAGAAAAUUGACAAGGAAAUGGCUCUGGGUGGUUUGAAGAUCGUGAACUUGCGGCGGCGAAGAGAAAAUGUGCGGAUGCUCGCUGCUGCCGUGGCUCAACUGCGAGACGUAGUGGAGUCCGUCUCUCACUGUGAGGAGUUAGUCGAGCAAGGAGACAUUGAAGUUGCUGCCGACGAACUUGAAGAGGUAGAAAAACUGAUGUCGGGCGAGAAAGCAUCUGAGCGGCCACCUGAGGAAGACGAGCAGGAUCUUCCGCGAAAACCCAUUGAUCUCCGUGGCCUGAAGGCUCUUGAGGGAGCGUCUGAUGAUCUUGCUCUAUUGAGACAACGCAUUGGUAUGGGUUACGAAACUCGUUUCCUAAAUGACCUGUUGGGAGAUCUACGAGGUCAUGUCGAAAAUGUGGCAUCUGCAUUGACCUUGCAGCGUUGGGGUGCCUCAUUCUUGCGACAACGUGGUGGCCAACGUCCUGUAUCAAUGGUUUCCCCUGCUUAUAUGAAUUUUAACAAUGAGCUGCGGUCCAGAUUGAACACCCAACUCACUGGACUAGCCAGAUCUCACUACACAACCGCCGCGGCCACAUCUUUCAAGACGGCCGUCUUACGAGAGAUGAAAGGGCUUAUUCGAAAAUACCUCCCCAGUUCUAGCGAUGACGACAAUGAAUCCAUGGUUUCAGUGUCCACUCAUGGCGACCGGCAACGGAGCCAGCAGGAGAAGUCGUCCAUUCUUGCGCGGAAUCUACGUGCUCUUGACUCAGGCGAUGCCUAUGCCAUGCUUGUCGGGGUCUAUACAGGCAUUAGUGAAUGUCUGCGCCGGCUGAGUACUCAAGUCAAGAUUCUUUUGGAUAUAGCCAGUGGUCUUGGAAGCUCUCCGGCCGCCGGUAUCAGAUCACCCUCUCGGAAUUCCAAUACGCAGAGUUCAGACCAGACCAUUAGGUCUCCCGACCAUGGAUCCUCGGCUUCGGCUAUGGCCCAAGAUGAGAUCUUGCAGGUUUUGGACAUGUCGAGCCUGCUUGGUCAAGCGGUUGACAUCGCCCAGUCUCAAAUAACCAAGGUUCUGAAGGUCCGCUCCGAGCAAACCUCUCAGCUUUCCAAGGAAGAGUUCUUGAAGUACUUCACACUCAACCGCCUUUUCGCAGAUGAGUGUGAGGCAAUUUCGGGACGUGGUGGCACUGCCUUAAAGACCAUCGUUGGCAACCAAAUCCGUGAAUUCAUUACCCGGUUUGGCGAAUCUCAACGCCACCGCAUUGUCAAGGUCAUGGACUCUGACCGGUGGGAUGCGCGGGACUUCGGUGAUUCUGAAGUCAUUGUGCUAAGUCGCAUUCUAGACGCAAGCACCAAGGAGAUCGAGGCUUGGGUAGAAGUUUCCAAGAUCUGGGUUCCAGAGAGCGAGAGUGAGCGAAAAAAUGCUUCCGAGGCAGGCAAUGGCGUCAAUGGAUCGGGCAAGGAGAAGGUGCGCAGCGCGGUUAUUGACGAGCAGAAAUACAUUCUGCCUGACUCGGCACUGGCAAUAAUGCGCAGUAUUGAAGAGUUCGAGUUCCUCAUGGCGAAUAUUCCCAGCAUGAUUCAGGACAUUGUCCCACAGCUGCUCGAAAUUUUGAAGCUGUUCAACUCACGUUCCUCACAACUGAUUCUCGGCGCCGGUGCUACGCGCAGUGCGGGCUUGAAGAACAUUACGACCAAGCACCUUGCCCUUUCGUCGCAGGCAUUGAGUUUUGUCAUUGCUCUUGUGCCGUACGUACGCGAAUUUGUCCGACGCCAUGGACAGACCAACCAAGUCAUGGCUGAAUUCGACAAGGUCAAGCGACUUUGUCAAGAGCAUCAGACCGGUAUCCACGAGAAGUUUGUUGAUAUCAUGAGCUCGCGAUCGUCAGUCCAUGUCGCCGCCAUGAAGAAGAUCGACUGGGACAACGAGACUUCCACGGGUGUUCAUUCUUACAUGGAGACAUUGGCCAAAGAGACUGGUACUCUUCACCGUGUCCUGAGCAAACACCUCCCCGAUAUGACUGUGGACAUGAUUAUGAGACCUGUGUUCAACAAUUACCGAGACCAGUGGACAGAGGCCUUUGAAGAAGCAAAUGUUGAGACAGAGGCUGGAAAGAAGAGGAUGCAAGCCGAUAUCGCCCAUCUUCAGUCUAAACUGGGAAAGAUUGAGGGUGCCGGCAACCUGGGCGACAAGCUGCUAGAGCUUGUCAACGCAAAGCGCAUUUCUGAAGCCGCAGCUGAGCCAGAGAAUCCGGAGAAGACCGAGUCUGCCAGCGACAAGCAAGACUCGGACAAGGGGGCUGACUCCUCUGAAUCUUGA